AUGGCUGGUAUAUCUGAAGAGGAGCAGGGUAGGAUCCUCAGGAAUUUCCCUUUCGAUGUGGAAGAUCUCCCAGUGCAUUAUUUGGGUUUGCCUCUGAUGACUCAAGCUAUGAGAAGACAAGACUUUUUACCGCUUCUAGAAAGGAUCAGAGCUCGCAUUAGUUCUUGGACCAGUCGUUUCCUCUCUUAUGCUGGAAGAUUGCAACUAAUAAAGGCUGUCUUGAUGAGUAUUAUAAAUUUCUGGGCAGCGGCUUUCAGAUUGCCGAGCCAAUGUAUCAAGGAGAUAGAACAACUCUGCUCAGCUUUUCUUUGGACGGGACCGGACCUCAAGUCUAUAGGUGCAAAGGUGUCCUGGCAUGAUAUCUGUAAGAAAAUAAAUGAAGGAGGUCUAGGCAUCAAAGCGUUGAAGGAAGUGAAUAAGGUUCAGGGGCUGAAACUAAUUUGGAGAUUGGUCGCAGAGGACUCAGUUUGGAGCAAAUGGAUCAGAUCUAACCUCCUUAGAAAGAAGAGUUUCUGGGAAGUCAAUGUGAAAUCACAAGCGGGAUCUUGGAUUUGGAAAAAAAAUGUUAAAACUUCGAGAAGUGGCAAAGACUUUUCACAUGAAAGCUGUUGGGAAUGGUCACCACACCUCCUUCUGGAGACCGUAGUGGAAGCUAUGCAAAAAAAGCGGAGAAGGACUAGGCACAGAGGAGAGAUACUAAAUGAGAUUGAAAUGGAGCUGAGUCACAUCAAAGCAAAGCAAAGUGCUGAGGGAGAGGGCAUGAAUGAUGUUGACUUGUGGAGAUGGAACUCAGGGUACAAACCGAAGUUUUCAACUCAAGAGACUUGGAAGAUGACAAGAAUUAGCUACAAUGGACCGGUUGCUUUUUGGAGUCAAGGGAUAGACACCGCUUGUGUUCUAUGCAAAAGAGCUUCUGAAACGCACAAUCAUCUCUUCUUCGAGUGUUCAUUCUCAUCACAGAUUUGGGAAUCACUCAUGAAAGGGAUUUUGCAUAGCUCUUAUUCAGGCAAAUGGGAGGAGUUGGUUCGACUACUAGCCACUCAGACCAUGGAGAAAAAUAAGCGAUUUUGUUUCAGAUAUACUCUCCAAGCAACCGUUUACAUGUUGUGGAGUGAGCGUAAUAGGAGACGUCAUGGAGAACAGCCUAUGCCUGCUAAUGUGUUGACAAAACACAUCAAUAAAGCUAUCCGAAGGAUCGGUCAUUAUGCUAACAAGUGCCAAAACCAGAAACCGUUGGUGACUUUGGAGAAUGAGAACGUUGAAACCGAGCCAGAAAAGGAAGGUUUAUUGCCAAUUUUCGAUGACUAUGCACAUAAGCCGAUGGCAGCUUUGUGUCAAUGUAUGAUGGGACAGAUAAAGAACAAAACCGCGGUCAUCAAGCAAACCAAGAAGGACCUUCUUCCAUUCAAAGGCCGAACCAAACUCAAGAUUUGA